GCUCCAGCCUUUAGCGGCUGGAUUCAGUCACCGCCUGGAACUCGUCGCGAGCGUGCGCUGUACCGCCCAACGAUCCGAGCCUCGGGACGCGUUCCAUAUUUAAAAAUAAAACCCCAUUAAAUUUCAAAUACGUUCCAUAAAGUUACGUUAUUGUUUUGCAAGAAAUAAAAGCACCCCGUUUUGAUUUUGUAAGUGACUGAUAUGUUUUUUGCAAUAUUUUUGUGUUUGAGACUAAAAUGUAAACUUUUUUAAGGAGUGGAUUAAGUGUUUCAAGAACUGAUUUCGUUUGAUUUGGCCGUUAGGUCGCAACUUUACGACGUAAUGUAACCCAACUUUCGAAAUAAUGGAGCACCAAUCAUCAGACGAAGAUUUUUAUAGCAUAUGCUUGAACAUGACCUCUGAUGAACUUAGCCUCGGAGCAUGUAACUACAGCAAUGAAUAUGAAAGUGGAGAGCUACUAGAGAAAGUCGUGUCCAGGGUUGUACCAAUUUUCUUCGGCUUCAUCGGAAUCGUUGGACUAGUCGGCAAUGCUUUGGUCGUGUUGGUCGUCUCCGCCAACCCUGGCAUGCGAUCGACCACAAAUCUCCUCAUCAUAAAUCUGGCAAUAGCUGAUCUCCUCUUCGUCAUUUUCUGCGUACCUUUCACAGCCACGGACUAUGUAAUGCCAAGAUGGCCGUUCGGCGACUGGUGGUGCAAAGUUGUGCAAUAUUUCAUAGUAGUGACCGCCCACGCGUCAGUAUACACCUUAGUGCUUAUGUCCUUAGACAGAUUCAUGGCUGUGGUACACCCAAUAGCAUCAAUGUCGAUCAGAACAGAGAAAAACGCGUUGUUAGCGAUAGCUUGCAUCUGGGUGGUGAUACUAACGACAGCAAUACCUGUAGGAAUAUGGCACGGGGAGAGGGAGUACUCCUACUACCAUAGAAAUCAUUCCUCAUGCGUCUUUCUAGAAGACCAGGGUUACAGCAAGCUGGGCUUCCAGUUGUCGUUCUUCCUAUCUUCAUACGUCGUACCGUUGGCGUUGAUUAGUUGUCUGUACAUGUGUAUGUUGAUCCGGCUGUGGAAGAGUGCGCCGGGGGGGAGAGUAUCUGCAGAAAGCAGAAGGGGGAGGAAGAGAGUGACCAGGAUGGUCGUCGUGGUGGUUGUGGUGUUUGCUGUGUGCUGGUGUCCUAUACAGAUAAUCCUGCUAGUAAAAGCGCUGGAUGCGUACAGCAUCAAUUACUUCACGGUGACGGCGCAGAUCGUCUCCCACGUGCUGGCCUACAUGAAUAGCUGCGUCAAUCCGCUGCUGUAUGCUUUCCUGUCAGAGAACUUCAGGGUUGCCUUUAGAAAAGUGAUGUACUGCCCGCCUGCCCACAACGACGGCAUGUGCAACCGGCCGCAGCCCACCAAGACCACCCGGACCGGCAAUGGAAACUCCUGCCACGAUAUCGUCUGAGAUUCGGUGCGCGGGCGCCGCGCCCGGGAAUCUGAACAAGCUACAGUGGUGUAAGCAUGAAUAAACAAU